UUCAAUCCAAACCCAAAUCGUAUACCGAAAUACCGUGUUCUUUGCUGUUGACUCUCUCUCUCUCUCUCUCUCAGCAUUCACAAACCCUAAGCUUUCCAUCUGGAUCCAUUCCUCCAUCUCCAGAGGGAUAUUUAGCGAAUGUUCACAGAUGGCAAGUAAUAUGCGUGAAUCAACAAUCAAGCCUCCGGAAAGUUCUUCAUCAAGGGACACUGGUAGCAAUGAUGCCGGAGACUUUGAAUGCAACAUCUGCUUUGAACUAGCUGAAGACCCUAUUGUCACUCUUUGUGGUCAUCUCUUCUGCUGGCCAUGCCUUUACAAAUGGCUCCAUAUUCAUUCGCGUUCCCAUGAAUGCCCAGUUUGCAAGGCCCUUAUAGAAGAGGAGAAGUUGAUUCCUUUAUAUGGUAGAGGGAAGACACAUACUGACCCAAGGUCGAAACCAAUGCCUGACCUUGAAAUCCCACAUAGGCCAGCAGGUCAAAGACCUGCAACAGCCCCUGCUCCUGAUAAUAACAACUUCCCAAAUUUUGGGUUUGGAGGAUUUGCGCCAAUGGCAUCUGCAAGAUUCGGUAACUUUGCAAUGUCUGCAGGUAUUGGUGGUUUAUUCCCGUCUUUACUUGAUAUGCACGUUCAUGGAUUCCAAAAUCCGUUGCAGUAUGGUCCAAGAGCUUAUGGACCUAGAUUCUUUAACGGGUUUCAUGGGGGACAUCAUGUUCAUGAGAUUUUUCAUUCGAGGCGAGGGAAUCAAGAGAAUAACCUUUUGAAGACGUUCCUUUUAAUGUUUGGGAUUUUUAUGGUCCUUGUUAUGAUCUUGUAAAUCAAUCGUACGUUGAAAUUAGACUAUUAGUUCUUGCUUAUGGUUGGCAUCAUCGCGAUGAUAGUAUGUUAAUAUAUAUUUUGUAAUUGCACCAUAUAAUAGUUCUAUAUCCUUUGGAGAUGUAGAAUGAUCAUGUUCUUUCUCAUUUAAUGAAUUGUGGAGUUGAACUUUGAAGC